UACCUCCAUGGGGACUCUCCCUAGUGUCGAGUCAGUCCCCGUUGACGAUACGGCGACUCGCUAUCGUGCGCCAUGAGUUUACUCGACAAGCUCUGGGACGACACAGUUGCCGGCCCCCGGCCGGAAAGCGGCCUCGGAAAACUCCGUAAACACCCGACGUUCGGCUUCCGAUCAAAUCCCGGCAAGGAAUCGGACGGUGGAAGCACGGAGGAAGCGUUGAAGGUUACGCGGCGGAUCAUGAUAGUGAAACCUCCUACGGAGAAUGGCUCGCCACCAGUUUCUCCGGCGGGGUCUACUCCACCGGUAUCUCCUUUCGCCGGAGUGGGAGAGGCAAGUCGGUUUCGGAGGAGGUCAUUAUCAGAUGUUUACGAGAAAGCAAAUAGGCUUGGACCCGGAAGCCCUCGUCCUCCUUAUGACGUCUGAUAUUUGAGGGACUCCUAAUUUUCUCAUCAUCAAGCGGCAAAAACGUUCCCUUCUUCUGCUUAUGUGUGCUCUGAGCUGAGAAUGUUGUGUGCAUAUAAUCUUCGUUUUGUGUAUAUGUGAUCAGUUUUGUGCAUAUCUAGUGUGGCUGCAGUUGUGCUGUUUAGUUCCAGUCUUGGCGACGAGGCAAGUUGAACUUUGUAAGAACUUAAGAGUUUGUUGUUAUGUUAUUUCUCUCUCUCUCUCUC